ACUUGGCAAUUGUCAAAUUUUCUAACCUCAUCAACUUUUUUGGGUGUCUGGUUAUGGACAAUCAGGAAACUUGUUAAUAAAUUAGACUUGUUAAUACUAUUAAACAUGCCGAAAAAGAAAACGGGUCAAAGAAAAAAAGCUGAAAAGCAAAAGCUUCGACAGAAAGAAAUUCGUUCUGCAAAAGAGAACAUAGCACUAGCUGAACAUCCUUGCAAUGGCCCCAUGGAAUGUGAAAAAUGUCACAGAAAACAGAAGAAUAGAGCAUUCUGUUAUUUCUGUCAGAGUGUUCAACGACUUCCAGUUUGUGCACAAUGUGGCAAGAUGAAGUGCAUGUUGAAAACUGGAGACUGUGUAAUUCGUCACCCUGGUGUAUUCACAACUGGUAUGGGAAUGGUGGGAGCAAUUUGUGACUUUUGUGAAGCUUGGGUAUGUCAUGGUAGAAAAUGUUUGCAGUCCCAUGCAUGCACUUGUCCAUUACAAGAUGCUGUUUGUGCUGAAUGUGAGAGAACAGUUUGGGACCAUGGUGGUCGUUUAUUUAAAUGUUCUUUCUGCAACAGUCAUCUUUGUGAGGAUGAUCAAUUUGAGCAUCAAGCUUCAUGUCAAGUUCUGGAGUCGGAGAAUUAUAAAUGUCAGUCUUGUAAUAAACUGGGACAAUACUCCUGCUUGAGAUGCAAAACGUGUUAUUGUGAAGAUCACGUACGUAGGAAGGGCUUUAAGUAUGAGAAGAAUAAGCCUAUUCCCUGUCCGAAAUGUGGCUAUGAGACGUCGCAAACUAAAGACCUCAGCAUGUCAACUAGAAGUCAUAAAUUUGGGCGACAAGGCCAAGCCUCUUAUGAUGAUUAUGAUGAAGAAGAUGAGGGCAGUCAUUCCUAUGGAGGAGCUGCUGGAGGAUAUGCCUAUGGUGGUGGAGACUAUGAUGAGGAUGAUGAAGAUGAGUCAGAUGAAGACUAUGAUGAUGAAGAAACUGAAGAAUCAUCUGAAGAUGAAUCUGAUGAAGGGGAACAAAAAAAAUAGUGCUACUUUAAACUUGCAUGUACUUUUUUGUAUAAAAAAAUAUAUAUUCCGUUAAU